AUGCGGUUGAGCUGUAAUGGAUGCCGAGUCCUCCGUAAGGGAUGUAGUGAAAACUGCAGUAUCAAACCCUGCCUCCAAUGGAUCAAAAGUCCCGAAUCCCAAGCCAACGCCACUGUCUUCCUUGCCAAGUUCUAUGGCCGCGCCGGCCUCACCAACCUCAUUAAUGCCGGUCCUGAACACCUCCGUCCUGCUAUAUUUAGGUCUCUACUAUACGAGGCGUGUGGGAGAAUUGUGAACCCAAUAUACGGGUCGAUCGGGUUGGUGUGGUCUGGAAGUUGGAAUCUGGUACAGAACGCAGUAGAGGCUGUUCUUAAAGGGAAUCCGAUAACCCAGAUAGCAUCUGAUGCCGCUGAGACGAAACAUGGACCUCCUUUUAAGGCAUAUGAUUUAAGACAUGUGAAUAAGAAUGAGAACUUCGCCGGUAUACACGGUGUCCGGAGCCGGUGCCGGUUCAAGCGAUCGGGUGGGAAGUCCAGGGAGAGGCGGUUGUCAGUCGGGUCGGGUCGUGAGGAUGUAAACAGGUCUCCUAGUCAUGAGUCUUCGUUGAGCCACCAGUCCGAGGCGGCUGUUGAUAAUGACUGCAGGGAGAGUGAAAAUUUGGCUUCCGUUGGUCCCGCCGAGUUGGCUCAUUAUGAUAAUAACCGAGUCGAUGAAGGUGAGAUUGAGCUGGAGCUGACUCUUGGAGUUGAACCAGUUAAACCAAAGGGGAUGCCAAAAGAAAUAAAACUGAAUAAAGUCGUUGACUUGGCUGAGAAAGAUGGUGGAAUGUAUAGAAUGGAACUGGGACUGCCGGAAUUUUGA